CCGGCGUCGCGCGCGCGGCCCGCGCCAUGAAGCACAUCCCCGUGCUCGAGGACGGGCCGUGGAAGACCGUGUGCGUGAAAGAGCUGAACGGCCUCAAAAAACUCAAGCGAAAAGGCAAGGAGCCGGCGCGGCGCGCGAACGGCUAUAAAACUUUCCGAUUGGACUUGGAAACCCCCGAGCCCGGCGCCACCGCCACCGACGGGCUGCGGGAUAGGACUCCACGGCUGCAGCCCGUCCCGAUCCUCGCCUCGCUCCCAGCCCCGGUGGCGCCAGCCGCUCUUCCCGGUCGGGGCGCGGAUACGCCCGGGGAGCGCCGGGGCGCCCGAGUGCCCGAGGUCUCGGACGCACGGAAGCACGGUUUUGCCCUGGGCACCGUGGGACCCGGGCUCCCCACGCCGCCGCCGCCGCCGCCUCCAGCGCCGCAGGGCUCGGCACCCGGAGGUCCCGAGGCUCAGCCUUUCCGCGAUCCCGGCCCGCGUCCCCGCAUCUUGCUGUGCGCACCACCCGCGCGCCCCGUGCAGUCCGCGCCUCCCGCACCCCCGGCACCCCCGGAAUCCUCCGUGCGCCCCGCGCCCCCCACGCGCCCGGGGGAAAGUUCCUACUCCCCAAUUUCACACGUCAUUUACAAUAACCACCCGGAUUCUUCGGCGUCGCCUAGGAAACGGCCGGGCGAAGCGACCGCCGCCUCCUCGGAGAUCAAAGCCCUGCAGCAGACCCGGAGGCUCCUGGCGAACGCCAGGGAGCGGACGCGGGUGCACACCAUCAGUGCCGCCUUCGAGGCGCUCAGGAAGCAGGUGCCAUGCUACUCAUAUGGGCAGAAGCUGUCCAAACUGGCCAUCCUGCGGAUUGCCUGUAACUACAUCCUAUCUCUGGCACGACUGGCUGACCUCGACUACAGUGCUGACCACAGCAACCUCAGCUUCUCAGAGUGUGUGCAGCGCUGCACCCGUACCCUGCAGGCUGAGGGACGUGCCAAGAAACGCAAGGAAUGACACGUGAUGGGCAAGACCAAGGACACUGCUGUGGGUCACUUCCUAGCCAGGCUUGAGGAGACGGUGAGCCUGCCAAACCAGCCUGCCUCGUUGUCUUCUCCAAGAUGCUGCCAGAUGCUCAGUCCACCUACUGCCUCUCAGGGUCUUCAAGGACAGCAGCAGCCUGCCUCCCUCUCCGCCUCCUUCCCUUACCCAGUCACUCUGUGGUUAUUUUGUACUUCAGGCUCUGCCUGGUGGGGAGGCAGUGCUCAGCUGCAGAAGUUUAUUGCCAAAGAUUCUACAGAGACACUAAACAAAAUGGGGGGAUAAAACCCAACAGUGAAAAGCCACGCCAUUGCUCCAUGAAUUCUUUUUUGCCUGUUGUCCACGUCCCAUCUCAAGCCAAAGAUGAGCCAGUACCUUCACCUGGAACUCAUACAAGGAAUGGAAAUUUGGUCCAGAAGCACUUGGUCCUCUAAUCCAGCAUUGUGUCCACGACUGGACCCCAAGCUGUAUGGAUACAUGACAAGCCUUCUUGGGACCAUGAGAAGGAGGUUGGGUGGAGGGUACCUGGCUGCCUAAGUGUUUAACUCUGAUUCUUUAUGUUCCUGGGGCUCAGGCUCUUACUUGGGCCUUGAGUAUCAGAGAAGGGAGUAAGAGGGGAAAGAAGCAAUAUUCCCCCCACACCUCACUGAGGGACUUGUCCCAAGGCAACCUACCCAAAGACCUUUGCUCCAGAGCUCAGCCCCUAUCAGCUGCCUCUCCCCAGUGUUCCCCCUCAGCUGUUGGAAUUGGGCAGACAAGAUGGUACCCUGCUGGAGGCCAGUGGUCUAUGGCUGGAUGGGUAGAAGGGCAGAGGGAGGAAGGGACCAGGGAAAUGGGCCAGUAUGUGGGGGAGGGGCAUGUUCAAAACCAAGGCCUGCUCCUUCCUUGUACUCCAGAGGCCAAAGCUGUUCACAUCUGUGCUCAACCAUCUGCUUCAAAUUGAAGUAAAAGUCCCAACAUGUAAAGAAAA